AGGUCUGCCCUUUCCCCCACACUUGUCCUCAUUGUAUAGUCUACUUUGGAAUUCCAAUUUUUACUUGUACUUGUUUUGGUUCUUGUAAAGAGAUAGAAGAUUUGCGUGCUCACUUGUUGUCAAGAGAUUAGCGUGCUAGUGCCUUGGUAUCGUCUCGUUGACCAUCCUAAAGGUAAAUAUAACAUCGAAGCAGAUGGAUGGUGCCACCUAGUGUGUCUUUGCUCGCGUCUUCUCUCAGAAGAUCGACUUUCUCCAUCGCACGCAAACGCGGCAGGAGAUCCGUUUAUCCUUUAAUUGGUGCUGUUAGAACCAGAGAUUACACUUUUGCUCACCACGAGCGCUUGGGCAGAAGUUGUUUCAGUACAGCAGCUGGCGCACCAAGUGCGGAUUCAAAAAUUGCUGUAGGAGCGACUGCUAUUAAAGGUGGCGCGAGCAAGAUAACGACUGGAGAAAACGGAACAUCAGGUUCCUCAAUCACCCGGACGUCCUCCUCUUUUGCUGCAACAUCAACAUUAUCUUCUAGGAUCAACACAAUGGCGGGUGGCGGAGAUAUGGCUGCGACUUCGUCGCUUGAGAUAGUUCGGCCGGUCGACGGUUCAGUGGUCGAGGAUAUCGAGAAGCCUGUCGAGGACCAUCGUAGUUACAGGUAUUUUGCAUUGCCGAAUGGGAUGCAAGUCUGCGCAAUAUCGGACCCAAAAUGCGAUAAAGCCAGUGCCUGUCUGUCGGUGCGGGUUGGCUCAUUAUUUGAGCCGAAGGAAAUCCAAGGCCUAGCCCACUUUUGUGAGCACAUGCUUUUUCUGGGAACGAAAAAGUAUCCCAAAGAGGACGACUACAACGAAUUUCUCGCUAAGAACGGUGGUCACAGUAAUGCCUUCACCGCAGGCACGCAGACCGUCUAUUACUUCGACGUCGGUACUACUAGUCUGCUACUAUACAAUGAAUGUUCUGCUCUUCUAAUAUCAAUAUCUUGUUGUAGUUGUUUGAAAAGAUAUCGAAACUAUGAACUCUUCACGCUGGUUGUUCGACGCUUUUGUUCUUCUGCCUCAACAACCUCAUAGAUUUGAAACAACUUUUUAUGACAACAACUACUACGACGUGCUCAUCAGGUAAAGACCAUCUGGACGGCGCUCUGGAUCGUUUUUCGCGUUUUUUCCUCGACCCUCUGUUCACUGAGGGCGCAACCGAACGGGAAUUGAAAGCAGUUCAUAGUGAGCACACAAAGAACAUGCAAAGCGACCGGUGGCGACGGAACCAACUGAUGAAAAAUCAGUUUAAUCCCGAGCAUGCUUUGCAUGGAUUUUCCACGGGAAACAACGAGACGCUUCUCGACGGACCAAAGGCACAGAAUAUUGACCUAAGGCAGGCUUUGCUGGAUUUCCACGCAAAAUACUACUCGGCUAAUGUCAUGACGCUGUCAUUGCUAGGGUCAGAAUCGCUGGACGAGUUGCAGAAAACAAUCGUUGGCAAAUUCUCGGACGUCGUCAACAAAGAUGUGGACAUUCCGCGUGGUGCGGAUAUUGGCCAGGGCAAGAAUGCUAUUCUCUCGGAAAACAUGCGCACGCAAAUGUUUGUGCUGCCAGUGAAGGACGAAAAGUCGGUGUCCUUCCAGUUUCUGCUGCCAGAACAGAACCUACUAUGGAAAACAAAACCGACAAAGUAUAGACUUCUAAUUUUUUUCAUGCCUGCUUCACCCACUAGUAGUACUUGAAAUAUCGUAUUACUAUUAACCUUACACAAUUUCUUUCGUCCUCUACUUAAUUUCGUGAUCGUUGAAUAACAGACACAGCAUCAUCAGCAUGAUUCCCAUUAUUAUUGACUCAGGUAUUUGUCACACAUGCUUGGGCAUGAAGGCAAGGGUAGUAUCUUUUCGCGACUGAAGGAAGCUGGCCUUGCAACAGAGCUGUGCGCCGGUCAGGCAUUCGAUGAGGCAGGAGUUUGCUUCUUCGCAAUCGACGUCCAGCUGACCGAAAAAGGCGAAAAAAACGUUCCGCUAGUAGGAGAAAUGCUCUUCUCGUACAUAGCCAAACUGAAAAAGGAAACAACAAAAAUCGCCGCAGGCGAAGUUCCAAAGGACGACGCUGUCCUUUACAAGGUACUUUAUUGUAAUCUCAACAUCAAUAACAUCUUCACCAAUAGUUCUGUACUGGUCGUCUCACGAUGAUGUCGAGCGCUAUAUUUGCUCGUCACACCAGGUACGAGUCACAUUAGCAAUUAGAAUUACAUUCUUGUUGUAAAAGAAAUAUGCAAUUGUUUCUGUAACUAACUACCGAAGUUUUUCUACUCCAUCUCCAGGUUUUCCGUGAAAUGACUCUGGUUGACGAGAUGAGCUUCAAGUUUCGGUCCUUGUCCGAACCGAGUAGCGCGACCAUGGGUGUAGCGCAGGGUUUGCAGGAACACACAGUGCCAGCCGAAAAGGUGAUGUCCGCACACGCCAAGAUUUGGGAGUAUGAUCCGGCGCUUGUGCACGACACGCUGAGUCGAUUUACACUUGACAAUUUGCAGCUUGUUCGCGUCGGACAGAUUUACACGGACGAAUGCACCGAGAAGGAGCACUGGUACGGAACGCAUCACUCGAAGAUCCUGCCCCUAGACACGGAGUGUUCGGAGAAAUGGGAUAACCCAGGCGACUUUUCUCUAGACCUGUUUCACCCGAAUCCCUUUAUAGCGGAGCGUCUCGACUUCAAGCCGUUUGCGGGUGGACCCGAUAAACCGGAGUCACCACCGCAGCGUUACGUGGUCACGCAGGCUGAGCAAUUUUCGCCUUCGAGUAGAUCUGCAAAGGAACCUGCAUCACCCACGCACAACGGAAGUACCAGUAAGUCAACAAAAGUUGGUGGGUCUACACCAAGUAGUCCCUCAUCCAGUAGCUCUUCCUCGUCUCCGACAAGCACCUCCCUGCAUCUGUAUCAUAAGCAGGACCAGCAGUUUCGGCUUCCGAAAGCCUACUUGGCGCUGAGUGUGUACUCACCCUACACCUCGGAAUCCGCGACGAACAUGAUGAAGACGGAGCUGUGGAGUCAGUGCUUGGCAGAGGAGCUGAGCGAGUACAGCUACGACGCGGAGCUUGCUGGAGUCAUGUACAAAAUGGGAGCGGACCAGCGGGGAUUUUCCUUACAGGUUGGCGGAUACGACGACAAGUUGGACGUGCUCCUAGGAGCCGUGAGUGAACGCAUAGCUCGCGGGGGUGAGGUUUCCCCGGCAAUCUAUGAUCUAGUGUACGAGCGCUUCUGUCGCGACAUGCUUAACGCGUCGUUGAAGCGACAGCCAUAUCACCAAGCGCUGAGCUGGCGCAACCGGAUGAUGACAAAGAAUGCUUUGCUAUACGGAGAAAAGCUAAAAAUCCUCGAAAAUAUUAAGCGAGAAGACCUCACAGACAUUUGUCGAGACAUUUUUAGGCCCGUCAUUCCAGGUGGAGAUACGACUUCCUCUCCUUCAUCUUCCGCCGAGAGUAUGCUUCCGGCAUCUGGCUGUCACGUAGAGGGCUUAGCGAUGGGUAAUCUGACGAAGGCAGAAACGAAAAGCGUGGUCUUAGCGGAGUUUAUGCGCAAAGCAGCAAAUGCAUCUUCAGGAGGAAAUACAUUUUCAUCUUCAGCUACAGCUACACCAAUGCAGAAGGUCGCGCCGCCAACGUCAAUUGCACCUGUGAGCACCUUUUUGCUGAAUAGAGGUCAAAACUUCGCCAUGCGAAUCUUGGGCACAAAUCCUGCAGAGACCAACGGCAGCUCUGUGCUGUGUCUGCAGGUGGGAAAGACGUCCGUGGAAACGUGGAUGCUCACUAGUCUGUACACGCAGAUUUCGGCACAGAAGUUUUUCGACGAACUGCGAACUAAGCAGCAGUUGGGCUACAUUGUGGCGAGCCAGCCAGUGAAGAACUCUCAGAAGACGGAAAUUCUCUAUCUCGUCCAGUCCGAGGUCGCGCCAUCUACCUGUACACAACGCAUCGUAGACUUCUGCAAGAAAAUGCAGACCGAAUACUUCGUCCCCGAAGACAAAACUGUAGCAAAGGCAUCUGCUACUCCUAACGGAGGAGGAGCAGAGGUAGCACCAGCAGGUGGAGCAGAGGUGAAAAAUGGAACAGCAGGACCAGGAGGAGAGCAAGAGGAGAAUUCGCGUAUCAGUGAGCCUGUCUUCCAGGAAUACAAGCAAGCUCUGAUUGUGCAGCUAGAGGAGAAGCCGAAAAAGUUGGCGGAUGAGUUCUCAGAGCAUUGGUCGGAAGUUCGGGAGCGCACGAACGACUUCGGACGCCGCGAGCGGUCCAUCAAGUUCUUGAAGGAGCUCAAAUACGAAGACUUCUUGCGGUUCGCGCAGAAUAUCGGGAUCGCGAACAAUCCGAGCGUGUGUGUCGAGGUGGUUCCUCAUAACCUGAAAGAGACUGAAUUCGACACCGCCAAGCCCAAAAUCGCCUUGUCAGACGACGGACAAGAGGGGAAGAUUUGGCACCUAGCUUCAGCGGAAGAAGUCGAUCAGUUCUUCGUUAACUCCGAACAAGUUGCGGCAGUUGGAGACUGGUUACACUCGAACACAAAAAUCGACUCGAGCGAAGCCCUAUCCAAACUCUAAGAAAGCAGAUUGGACCCCAAUUCUCCUUUGACGAUUCCCUUUCAAGGUCCUACGUAUGGCUCUGGUUUGUGUGUUUUUGUCGUCCUCGACGUCAUCCACAUACCCAUUUUUCGUUAACUGCUGCGACGGACUUGUCGGUCCAUGAUAGUUUUGAGUGGUUUCAUCAUUGGUUGUCGCGAACCGUGACACCCAAGUCGAUGGUUUCUUACCAAUGCUUUGAGUUUGACUCGUCCUACAUCGUUUGAGUAGUUGGUGCAAUAUUAUCCCCAUACCCGUACUUGUACUACUUUGGGCUGGAUUGAAGAUCGAGUCUCUUCUUGGUUACAUACUGAGAACAAAGAGAACCAGGACCUGGAUUUUUCUCCUAGAAGUCACAGUCAGUCCAUUUAAUUUUAAUUAAGAGUCUUGUGGUUUUUCGUUCCACGCUUUGCUCCUAAAGAUUUUUCGAAAAGAUGAUUCAAGGAGCUCUUUGUGAGUAAGUAAUUAAGUGACUCUAGCUCUACUACCUCAAUGAUCAGGAGGAAGGACAAGGAUGAUCAACUUUCCGGCGUCAACCACGGCGAAUAUCAAGUGAAAAUGUUUGCAGCACUUAAAAUGCUAGAAGCAUCAAAUCAAUGUCGGCAAAACAAGAAGCAUGACCAUUAUUUAUUAUGAUUAUUUUUAAAUAAAAAUUUUAUUUCCUCGGAAGAGUCUGGAGGUCACAAACCCCCUUCU